UGAACUUCUGGAACACUGAAUGCAGAACACUUACAGUGUCUGUCUGCAAACGCAUUAAAUGCAUAACCAAAUAGGUAUAGAAUAUUAUAUGAUAUUUCCAAAUGCUCCAGUGCUAUUAUUGUUUUGAUAUGUACCGUUACUUGUAGUAAAUAUUAUUUUAGAAUAAAGCUAACUUAAGACACCAAUCUAAAUUGUUCGGUAAUCAAUUUAGUACUAUUUUGACAAUACUAUGUUUAGUGUAGGACAUGCAUGAGGACCACAUGAACUUGAGGGUGUUGGCCUGUUUUGUCUGAAUAACAUGGUAGUUAAACUGACGUUUAUAUGUAGCCUACAAAGCAUCCUAAUGCCCCGUUCAUUUCUAAUACACAUUUGACUAAUAAUGUUGCAUCAAAUAUAUUAAUAUUGUUACCUGAGAACGUGGUGGAUCCAUCUUGCUUCGUUGAAAACGUCGAGUCACUUUCAACCAAUAAGAUGCCAUGUAAGAGGUCGCGUUUUCAUUGGCCCGCCGUGGAAGCCUAUCCCUGAUUGGUUGACUACUUUUGACAGCCUAUAAUGCCUGGAACACACAGGAGGACCUCUCGAGAGCAAGAGUACCAAAGGAUUCGUGGACGCACGGAACGCAUUUUGAGUGCGCACACGCUCACUGAGCGAGAGGAGAGAAAAUUCAUAAGAGAGCAGCGUAUAGUUGAAAGCGCGCGUCCAGUUUUGUGCACGAGCAAAGGAAAUCGGCGUGCGAGCGGAGAGAUUCGCGCGCUCGUAUGACAAGAAUGCGCUCUCGCCUUGUAAUAAUGCGCUCGCGACAUUUGUCAUUAUAAUAACGCCAUAUAAUAGCGCAGCUUCUCUGUUAGCGUAAAUACAGUGAUAAGCGCCACACACUCUGAUGACGUGUUUUACCGCAAUGACGGAUAUAAACGCGCACUCGGAUUUGUCAGCGCUACAAACUGUCUGCAAUCGAUAGUUUCGUUUCAAACCUGUCUAGUUAAGAUGUGAAGCAUAUUCAGAACAAUGUAAGAAAGACACUCAUAAGAGCAGUUUUGUUGUCAGGCUGUAUUUACUCUAUAUGUUGGUCUGUUGUUUGGUGUGAGAUUAAUUUGGGCAGCGUAGGAGUUUGUAAACGCGUCUCAUGCGUGUGAGUUGGCAACUCUCUGCUUUAAUCCCAAUACUUCUGUGAUCAUUGGACACAGAAAUAAUGAUGGUGUGUGGUUGAAAAGACUGUUUUUGACGUCGUUACAUACCUUAUGAUAAUAAUGCUAUCUCUGCUUAUGCGGCAGCACCAGCACAUAUUGAAGCGUUAUGAUUUUAGUCCGAGGUAAGUUAGACAGGAGAAUCGUUGAUUUUCAUUAAUGAGAUCGCGUGGGUGUUUGAAUCGAGAUCGUGAUCUUUUAACGAUUAAUCGUGCAGCACUAAAGCGAGGAGAUGUCAUUCAUUUCAAUGGAGAGCCGGCAACUUCCAGGGACCCGAGUGGUGAGUGGGUGUGUCUCGACGCGACAAAGUUGAGAUUUGCUCAACUUUAUGCAAAUGAUGAGCGACGUUCGGUAGCGACUACCAAUAGGAGUAAAGCAGCGGAGCUCACGUCAUCCGACUCUUGUCAGUUACACAGAGUUUGUUUUUAAAUGUUACUAGAGCAACCAAAGCUAGGAACUCAACUCAACUUUAUUUAUAUAGCGCUUUUUUACAAUUUUCAUUGUUACAAAGCAGCUGUACAUGAGACAUAUUGACUAUAAGCAAAACAAUUAAAGUUAUACCUGUAAAAACAAGAAAAAUGUGAAAACACAGAAGACAGAUAUACCCACAUACAAAACACUCCACACACACAAUAUGCACACGUACUAACACACAUAGACACACACACGGACACGCAGACACGCGAACGCACACACACACACGUCUGGUUUACUAUCCCCGUGGGGACAGUCCAUAGGCGUAAUGUUUUUUAUACUGUACAAACUGUAUAUUUUAUCCCCUAUCCCUAUCCCUAACCCAACCCCUAAACCUAAAGAUCAUAGAACACUUUUUGCAUUUUUAGAUUUUUUAAAAAUAUUGUUCUGUACAAUUUAUUAGCUUUUUUGCCCGUGGGACCUCAAUUUUGGUCCCCACGGUGACACGAGUCCCCAUGUGUUGGUGUGCAUUCAGGUUUAGGUCCCCACCGGGAUAUACAAACAUGAACACACACACACACACACACACAGACACUAUACACAGACUAUAAAUUCCUAUAUGCAAUAUUAAUUAACUAAAACUUUAAAAUUCUAAAGCAGCCUCCCCCGGCCAGGCAAAACAGUAUGCAAACGGUGGUGAGGAACCCAAAACUCUAAUCGAGAAAAAAAACCUCAGGAGAACCCAGGCCCAACCAGGGGAUUCCAGUUCCCCUCUGGCAAAAGCUGCUGCCUCUGCACAAGCUCGACAAUGCUUGCACAACAAGGCUAAAUAAAAAUAAAUAAACUUACUAAUCAGCUCUAUCAUCUCAGCUCUUGUCAGGUCGCCGCUUCCCAUUCUCCGCUCUACCAUCAGGUCAGGCCAUGAAGACGUGUCAGGUCACCGCGUCCUUCUUUAUCCAGCUCUAUCAUCUCAGCUCUUGUCAGGUCGCCGCUUCCCAUUCUCUGCUCUACCAUCAGGUCAGGCCAUGAAGACGUGUCAGGUGACCGCGUCCUUCUUUAUCCAGCUCUAUCAUCUCAGCUCUUGUCAGGUCACCGCUUCCCAUUCUCCGCUCUACCAUCAGGUCAGGUCAUGAACUGCAUCCUGCUCGCUGUGGUAACCUUGGAACAAUGAGACAAGACUGGCUGAGAGUAGAGUACUGUUCUGCACUCUUUGAUGCAACAAGUACAUCAGUUGUGUUUUUGGUUCCGGUUGAUCUAACUAAUGCAGCCUAAACCCUCAGAGGAUUUAUAUUAUGGAAGUGUAGUGUAUGUGAGAUUAAAAAGAUGCGUCUUUAGUCUAGAUUUAAACUGACAGAGUGUGUCUGCCUCCCGGAUAGUGCAGGGAAGACUAUUCUAAAGUUUAGGCGCUAGAUAGGAAAAGGAUCUACCACCUGCACUUGAUUUUGAAAUUUUGGAUUAUAAUUGGUGAUUUUGAAAUUUAUGAUUAUAAUCGGUUUUGUUGUCUUUCGUCGCAUCAUGCCGCUCCACGGCGUCCAGUGUAGACGGGGUAUAAGUGUAGUAUUUCUAGCCUAGCCUGUGGUUACACAAAUGGUAAUCAGUCUGCCAAAAAGUUGUUACUACACUUUUUGCUAUAAUAAAACCAUGAAUACUUUUGACACACAGUGUGUCAGUUGAGAAUUACACAAUCCUUCUGAUUUAUUUAUGCUCUCUGUCUGUCUUUAUCUGUUUCUGUUGUUAUGUCUCUUAAACGCAGUGAUGACUACGCCCCAAGAGAAACAGGAACAGCAGCAGUCCUCCCCUCAGGUGAUGGCUCCUGAUGGGGGUUGGGGCUGGGUGGUGGUAGGGGCUCUUUUCGUGGCUUCUGCCCUGGUCUUUGGGCUCAUCCGCAGUCUGGGCAUCUUUUUCGUAGAGUUUGUGCAGUACUUUGGGGAAAGUGCCCAAGCUGUAUCCUGGAUUACAUCCAUUGGGGUGGCAGUACAACAGCUUUUUAGCCCAAUAGGCACAGCAGCAUGUAAUGUGUAUGGAGCUCGGCCAGUUGUUAUGAUUGGAGGAUUCCUCUCAGGUCUAGGGUUUAUUCUGGCUUCACAGGCAACGACUCUUUCACAUCUUUACCUGACCAUGGGACUCAUCUCAGGUAUAGGAUGGGCUUUGGUCUUCACCCCUAUUAUUGCAUCAGUAAUGCAGUAUUUUACCACACGACGAUCUCUAGCCAUGGGCCUGGGCUUCACUGGCAUCGGUCUUGCCUCUUUUGCCUUCUCCCCACUUUUUCAGUAUCUAGUAGAAGUUUAUGCUUGGCGUGGAGCCUUGCUCAUCCUGGGAGGCCUAAGCUUUAACAUGAUCGCCUGCGGGGCUCUCAUUCGACCUAUAUGGAAUCCAAAAGCUGUGGUAAAGGCUAAAACUUCAUCCAACCAUAACAAAUGCUCCCGUAUACAUGAGUGCUUUGAGAUCUCCCUGCUUUCACACCGUGGCUUCCUCACUUACACCCUGGCCAUCACCUUCUUCAAUGCGGGCUACUUUAUCCCAUAUGUUCAUCUGGUUGCCCACAGCCGUCACAUCGGCUUCAGUGAGUACCAGGCAGCGUUUGUGAUCUCUGUCACCGGUGUGGCAGACAUAGUGGGUCGUGUUGUAUCCGGCUGGGCCUCAGACCUCGGUAAAAUGCGAAUGCUUCACAUGCUGACGGUGUGGACUGGGUUACUGGGUAUAUUUCUGCUGCUUAUUCCUCUUGGUGUGACUUACUCUGGACUGUUGGUAGUCAGCCUUGCUUAUGGGUUCUGUGCGGGAGCAAUGACCCCGCUGGCCUUUGCAGUGGUACCAGAGAUCGUAGGCAUGGAGCGGAUGCUAGGGGCCCUUGGCCUCCUGCAGUUUUUAGAGAGCAUCGGAGGGCUGCUGGGAGCUCCACUUUCUGGCUGGCUGAAGGACUAUACUGGGUCAUAUACAGUAUCUUUUGUGGCUGCGGGAAGUUUCCUUGUGUUAGGUACAUUGAUCACAUCGACUCUUCCACAUUUUUGGUCCUGUACGAGCCCUUCACCUCCAUCACCAAAGUCGUCACAGGAUGCCUCCAUGGAAGAUGGACUACUGAAGCAACCUCUGCCUUCUGUUCCUGAGAAACUGUGUCCCCUGGAUGAUAUACCUGUACUCAGAUAAAGAGUGGUGCGACAGCCAUCUGACGGAACUAGUGCACAAAGAAGAAGAAAAGACAGGAAAUGCCAUUCCAUGAAAUUAGCACAAUUUUAUAAGUCUACUACUGAUAUUUGACAUUACGUCAAAUAUGAUAUUCGCACAUGCAGAGGCAUUGGAACCAAAAGUAGUUUUAUAACACAUUUUUAUAAAGCCACAAUACGUACGAUUGUUUUGAACACAAAAGAAGAAUGUGGGUAACUAAACAGUUCUGGGGCACCAUUAACUACCAUGGUAUUUUUUUCAUACCAUGGAAGUCUGUGGUUCCCCAGAUAUGUUUGGAAACAUUCUUCCAAAAAUCUUAGGUUGUGUUCAGCAGAACAACAAAAUUUACACAGGUUUGGAACAAUGUGAGGGUUAGUAAAUGAUGAAAGAAUUGUUACAUAGUUUUGUUGUAGAAUUUGUAGAAUUGUUACAAGUGUUAGAAGUUAACAUUUAGCUAGGUCUGUUCUACUAACAUUUUUUCCCAUUUACACUUUAACACAGAUUUGUCUUACCUUGAAUACAGCUGGUCUGUUGUAAAAAGCAUGCAAGAAUAUAACUGGAUUACUGUUUGCAAGGUGUUAAUGUAACAUUACCCACUCCUCAUGAAAGGUCCUAGUUGCCUUUAGAUUCAUAAUGCACACAAUGCUGCCUUUACACACUGUUUUUACAUUCCUUAAAUAUAAGGAUGGAUGAAGUAAAAAGGCAGUAGCAAUGUUAAGGCCAUGCAGGGAUUCCCAGGGAACACAUUAAAACAAUUUACUUGUACUAUAAAGUGCUGAAAAGAGAAAAAUUGCUAUAAAUAUGCUGCUAUAAAUAUUGCAUAACAGCAAUGAUUGAUUACAAAAGCAAGUGGUAAAUAAACAUGAACAUGCUUUUUGAACUUUGGCAGAACAAUUGGCAGGUUAACAUUUCACUCUUGUAGAAAUGAUCUUGUCAAGUUGUCAGAACUGUAAAGGGCAUGAAGUUGCAUAGUCCAUAAGGCACAAAUUUGAUGUUAAUUUAUAUCAACAUAGUAGCUAUAAUAAAAUGCAAAAUGGAAUUUGUCCAUCUAAUCCAGGUAAUUUUCCUCUUUAUCAGGGUACCACCUAAUAUUACAAGUCUCUACUUUGAUGCUUUAAUUUAAAAUUUUACUUUGAUGCUUUAAUUUAAAAAAAGAGGCUUACAGUGUGGGUUCCAAUCCAAUGACACUUUGUAUUUGAAGUAGGUAAGAUUUGUGUUUAAUAUGGUUAAUAAAUGUUAUAUUUUUCCAUCUUUUUGUUUUGAUUAUGCUUGUUCUUCUUAAAAUGGACAUCCUGCACUGAUUUAAGUGUACAGUAUGGUCGCUUAGUAUAAUUCAGUGACAUUAUUUGCGGUAACAACUAGUUGAGCCAUG